GGGUGGAUCAAUAUUUAGCAAGCUUUCCAUUGGUGGAAAUUGAUGAUGAAACUCUGGUCACUGGGCACAGGUCUUUGUCCGCAGGGUCCCCGGACAUUAAACCUUUAAGGAUCUGAAGAGAGCAGUAUAGUUUACCUCUGGAGUAGAGGGAUUCUGACAUCGAACAUGAAGACGUACCUAUUUUUCCUCCCUGCCUUCCUGGCCCUAGUGACCAGCAACCCCAUUGAGACGGAGGUGUCCAUUAUACCACAGGAGAACUUUGAUGUCACCAAGAUAUAUGGAAAAUGGUAUGACAUUGCCAUUGGCUCAACAUGUCCGUGGCUGAAGAAGUACAAAAGCAGCUUUGACAUGGGAACGCUGGAGCUCAGCGAAGGACAGACAGAUGAAGAGGUUCAAAUUGUUAACACCAGGAUGAGACAUGGAACAUGCACACAAGUCACAGGUGCCUAUCAGAAGACAGAUGUCCCUGGGAAGUUCAAUUACGACAAUGCAAAAUGGGGUGCACAGAUCCAAAAUUAUGUUGUGUUCACCAAUUACAAUGAAUAUGCAACAAUGCUGAUGCGUAAGACAAAGAGGGGUCAGACUACCACAACAGUGAAGCUGUACGGACGCACCCCGGAGCUGAGGCAAGAUCUGAUUGAAGACUUUAAGCAGUUUGCUUUGGAGCAAGGCGUUACAGAAGACUCCAUCUUCCUUCUUCAAAACAAAGGUGAAUGUACUCCAGGGGACCUCGAGGUGAAACACGAGCGGAGAGCUGCACGUGCAGUGGCCACUGAAGAGGAAGAAGGCUCUGGAGGCAUGGACAAUAGCCCAUUUACCAAAAACAAAGCUGGAUCUUGCCAUAUGCCUCCCGCUGCUGGUCCUUGUUUAGGAUCCAACGAUCGCUUUUUCUACAACACUUCAUCCAUGGCCUGUGAGAAGUUCAAAUACGGCGGGUGCCUGGGAAACCCCAACAAUUUUUUUACUGAACGGGAAUGCCUCCAGACAUGCAGAACUGAGGCCGCUUGCCGGUUACCCAUAGCAAAAGGCCCAUGUAAACUGUCUGAAACCCGAUGGGCAUUCGACUCAGCCGAAGGCAAAUGCAUAAUUUUCCAAUAUGGUGGCUGUAAAGGAAACGGAAAUCACUUCUACACUGAGAAGGAGUGCAAGGAGUACUGCGGGGUUCCCACAGGAGAUGAAGAAGAAUUCCUGUAAAGAAGAAUCAAUACCUGGAAGGUGCCUCUGCUUUUCAUCCCAUGAAUUCCUUUUCUGCAAUAUGAUCUAUCCAUACAGGGACAUCUGCAAAUGAAUGAGAGUUUUACAAGGCAUUUUUAUGAAUCUGAAAAAUACGGAUGGAUAAAUAAGAAGGCAGACUCCACAUUUAACUAAAGUAUCGCCCUCGGGUACACUGAUCACCAAGAGCAGCAUUUAAUCAUUUUGGAAAACUUUCCCAGUAAUCUUAUGAUCUUUUUUUAUUUAAUUUUUUUUGACAAUAGUAUGACCACCUAAUUUUUGAGUCAACCUGUCUACCCAAGUCACACUACAUCUUGAUGGGUAUUCCUCAGACUGCCAAUGGUGUAUUAGCAGUCACGUCUCUCUCAUGUACUAUUAUAGUAAUAAAGUAUAAACUGGUUUAUACUCUCUUGAUAAUAAAUAAAAGAGAACCUGUAAUUUACAAGAAA